GAAGAAGCAAGUCGUCUCUCCCCUCCUCCUUUAGUAGAGCUCCAAGGCAAGAAUAGUUUUCCUAUCUGGACCUUGCUUCUCUAAUCGCAAUCCAUCUGAGUCUCGUUUAAUUCCAAUGGCGCCCGAUCUUGAAGCUAGGGCUAAAGCAGCCUUCAUCGACGACCACUUCGAAUUGGCCGUUGACCUGUACUCGGAGGCCAUUGACAUGAACCCUAAAAACGCCGAACUCUUUGCUGACCGCGCUCAGGCCAACAUCAAACUCCUGAACUUCACCGAGGCUGUAGCUGAUGCAACCAGAGCAAUUGAUUUGGAUCCUUCAAUGGCCAAGGCAUAUUUACGCAAAGGCACUGCAUGCAUCAAGCUUGAGGAAUAUCAGACUGCUAAGACAGCUUUGGAAACAGGUGCUUCCUUGGCACCUGAGGAACCAAGAUUCACUACUUUGAUCAAAGAAUGUGAAGAUCUUAUUGCAGAGGAAAAUGGUGAGCAACCAAAGCAGCCUUUUGAUAAAACAACAGCUAGUGUUGCAAUUCCUCCUGAUUCUCAAUUGUCGGAUAAAACUGAUGGAGCUGCAAAAGAUGACCAGCCAGUUUCUAACUCUUCCAAUCAGGUUACAAUGAUCUCAUCAACCAAACCAAAAUACAGGCAUGAAUAUUACCAGAAACCAAGUGAAUUGGUUGUGACUAUAUUUGCAAAGGGCAUACCAGCUAGCUGUGUUACAGUUGACUUUGGUGAACAAAUUCUCAGUGUUACGAUUGAUGCUCCUGGGGAGGAUUCCUACACCUUCCAACCUCGGUUAUUUGGAAAGAUAAAACCUGCUGAGUGCAAGUACGUUGUUCUGUCUACAAAGAUUGAAAUCCGCCUUGCAAAAGCUGAAGAUAUACAAUGGACAUCUCUUGAGUUCAGCACGGAUAUGAUAGUUCCACGGAGGAUAAAUGUGUCAUCAGUUUCUACCCAAAGACCCACUUACCCGUCCUCAAAACCAAAGAGAGGAGUAGAUUGGGAUAAACUUGAAGCUCAAGUGAAAAAAGAGGAGAAAGAAGAAAAGUUAGAUGGAGAUGCAGCUUUGAACAAAUUUUUCCGGGACAUCUACCAGGAUGCUGAUGAGGACACAAGACGAGCCAUGAGAAAAUCUUUUAUCGAGUCAAAUGGAACGGUGCUGUCAACUAACUGGAAAGAAGUGGGUUCAAAGAAGGUUGAAGGAAGCCCUCCGGAUGGUAUGGAGCUGAAGAAAUAUGAAUACUGAGUUGUUGGUCCAGUUGGAUUUUAUAUUUUUUUGGGUGUGAAAAAUCUCUCUUUUGGCAUACUUACCAUAACAUGUUGCUUGGUUAUGUUUGGAUUUGUUCAUAAUAUUAUUGGAAUCCAAAUGCACUCUACUUGGUAUAUAAUAUAAUUUUAUAUGCUGAGAAGGUAUUUGUGUGCUUAAGACAGCCUUAAACUCUACUUGAUUAUGUCAUUGAAGGUUAAGGGGAAUGUUUGUGGUUGUUUCUUUA